CACACAUGCAAGUGGAGCAACCCUGAUGUGCGGCCAAGUGAAAGCAAUGGCAUGACUAUGUGAUGCUAGCUGAUCGCCUGGAUGAGCCACACACACACACACACACACACACACACACACACACACACACCCAUAGGGUGGAGUUAGCUUCGGGGAAAGGCUUGAUUAAAGCAAUCGAGGGAAGUGAAUUUCGGGUAUUUGUGUUAGUUUGACGCGCGAUACAGCGGGACGAGAGCAUUGCUUAGCCCAACUGCAUAGCUCCAGAAAACAACCCUCGCAAACAAGAUGGAGGACUCCAAUGGCAGUAAGCCCUUCAUGGUAACUUCUUCCCUGUCUUUCCAAGUCAAUGCGCCUUCUUUCUACAACCAGCCGAAAAGGUUCGCCUCUGUGGCCCCUCCUCGACCCAAAGGACCAUCUAACCAAUCCCAGCCUCCAACCUUCUCCUCGUCAAUUGCAAGCACAGCUACAGUUGGCCGGGUUGGAGAAAUUCCACCACCUUUAUCCAUUGGUGAUGAUUUUCCACCCCCUCCUCCUCCAAUGGACGCAGAUCUGCCAGCUCCUCCCCCAGAAUGUCAGCUCACACCCCCUGCAUCUGAGGCCCCUCCCCCUGCAUUCCCUCCCCCUCCUCCUUUUGCUGAAGACUUGCCCUUACCAGCACCUCCUGAAGAUGUGAGCUUCGUGUCCUCAGAGUCUUCUCACGCUCCUCCUCCACCUCCUCCCCCUCCCCCUCCUGCACCUCCACUCCCCGCACCUGGCACCGUUGUCAGUCUUCAGAAAUCGUUGGAUAAACAGACUAGUUUUGAUAGACAGCUGGACUCUCUAACUGAUAUGUUAUCAGAAAUGGAAACAAGAAGACCUUUCAACCCAAAGAUGUCCAGUCAGCCAUCUUCAGUGCCUAGUCCAAAGCCACCUGCUCCUCCUCCCACAGCACCCAAACCCUCCCUGUCUUUCCUGCCCCCACCAGAGCUACAGGAUCGCCCUCCACCUGCCCCUUGGGCAGAAGAGCUACGUGCCCGUUCCACACUGAGACAGGGUGGUACAAGCACAGCCUCUGCUCCAGCAUCUGGAGCACCACCAACUAAAGGACCUGCAGCCGCUCCUAAAAGCACAUUUACUCCCAGCCAGCCUGCUUCUAAUUUUAUCCCCAAACCUGUAAACAACAUGAGCUCUGCAACUGCAAAAGGGGUUAAUCUUGCUCCCAAAGUCACCUCUCACACCUCUUUUCCUCCACCACCUGCUGCACCACCAGGUCCUCCUCCACCUCCUGCCUUCAACUCAAGUGUCCCGGCACCUGCACCUGCUUUCAGUAACACCAAAGCCUUCCUUCCAGUUAAUCAGGAGAAAACAUCUCCUCCUCCAGUUUCUCCACAGCCUAAACCAGCACCACCUCCAGCUUAUCCACAGCCUAAACCAGCACCACCUCCAGCUUCUCCACAGCCUAAACCAGCACCACCUCCAGCUUAUCCACAGCAUAAACCAGCACCACCUCCAGCUUCUCCACAGCCUAAACCAGCACCACCUCCAGCUUCUCCACAGCCUAAGCCAGCACCACCUCCAGCUUCUCCACAGCCUAAACCAGCCCCAUCUCUCACUUCCACAGCAUCACCAUAUGGCAACACAAUGUCCAGUCAAACACCCAGAGCUUUACAGCCUAAAGCUACUGGAGCAGGUCCUCCCCCUGGUGGUGUUCCUCUGUCAAUGCGAGAGGUUGAGGAGCUGGAACGGAUGACCAAAGAUUUCAUUAAAGACAUGGACAACCGUGCACCAGUCAUCACCUCAGCACCUACAGAGGUGUGUGGAAAAUGUGGCGAGGCUCUGUCCAGGUCUCAGCCUGCAGUCAGGGCAAUGGACAAACUUUUCCACUCGCACUGUUUCUGCUGCUUGACAUGCCAGCGCCCCCUGCAGGGGAUGCAAUUCUAUGACCGGGAUGGAACACCAGAGUGUGAGGAGUGCUAUGUGAACUCUCUGGCAAUUUGUUCUCGCUGUGGGGAGCGAAUCACAGACCGCGUGCUGAAAGCAGUGGGCCAGUGUUUCCAUGCUCACUGUUUCCGCUGCACUUCUUGUAGCUGCACACUGGAGGGCUCUCCAUUCAUCACUGAUGACGAUAACAAACCCUACUGUGUCCCUGAUUACCACCGACGUUUUUCUCCUUUGUGCGUGAGCUGCAACGAGCCAAUUGUUCCUGAACCUGGCAGUGAGGAAACCCUCAGAGUUGUAGCCUUGGAGAAAAACUUUCAUCUUAAGUGCUACCGAUGUGAGGACUGUGCUCGGCCACUCUCUAUAGAGGCAGAUGCCGAUGGCUGUUAUCCAUUGGACGGGAGGAUUUUAUGCAUGAAGUGCCACACAAAGCGUGCCAAGCAGGCCAUGAAGUGAUUGGUGGAGACUCUUGUCACUCAUAUUAAAAACCAAAUCUAAAAUCAAAGAUUGACUCUACUCUGAUUCCAGGCAUUUGAUGCAUUGUUUUUGUGAGUUUUAUAAAUCUUUUUUUUUUUUUUUUUUGCCACUAUUUCUCAUAGAGCCUUGUUUUUGUCUGUCUCUCUUCAUAGCUUUAUCAGCAAGACUGAAAUGUAAUAACUAUAGCAGCUCUGUUGAUUUUUACUUUUUGAUUUUCUUUCCCUCAAACAUCUUGAUCAAAUGUUUACUGCAAAAUCACAACACGCCAUCUUAGCAUGUGGUUUCUUGAAUACAGUGUUCUGACAUGUCUUGUAAUUAAACAAACGAGUGAAGAUUUUUGGACGUGGUUUGAGAGAGUUACACAAUGACUAUUGCGAUUCAGUGCAACUCUCUGACUCUUAAGUGUGCUAUGCAGGGGCAGAAAAACUCACUUAAGCUUAGCACAGUCUCUUGAACAAAAACAUUAGGGAUUAAAAGAAAGUUAGUGUUGCUUACGAAUAAAAGCAUUUAAUAAAUAUAUACUAUUUGAACCAGCAGAAAAAUGCUUUUAGAAAAUUUGUAGGUCCAAAUAGACCUGCAACUGCAUAGAUUCAUAUGAAGCUGGUAGGGAAUUCUGUGUUCUAUAAUGGAUUAGUCUAUGAACAAAGCUUUGUUUGUGUUUGUCUUGCAUGCAACAUUUAUUCAACAAGACUGCAUGAUAAAAAUAAAAACUGCACACGCAUUGACAACCAACUUCUGAUGUAAUACCAGGAAUGAUGGAUCGAUGCGAAUAUAGAAUAGUAUUAAUUCAGUGACAACCUGAUGGUUUUUCAUUCCAUGCUACAGUCAUGUAUAAAAAUGAUCAUGUGUGUGCCAACUUAUAUAAUUACAGAAGUAUUGGUCAUUUGAGAUGUUUAACAAUUAGAAUAAAGUAUUCAGAGAUUGUUAGUUGGUCAGCUGGUUAGACAGUAUAAGAAGCAGCAGGAAACAACACACCAGAGUUGCACAACAGUAACCUCAUGAUUUUCUCUCACCAAUAAAUAAAAAUAUCUCUGAAACUAAAAUAUAGAAGUAUGAAAAGGCUUAUGCCCCGAUAUAACCCCUGUUGUUUUUGCAGAUUGUUAAACAUUUUAUUUUUUUUGAGGUCUAUACAUUUAUACAUGACUCUAUGAUGUGCAAUCUGGUAUUCAUGCUGUCAAGUACAAAUUGAUGGCAAUUGAAUAGCCUUAUACUAUGGAUUUGUAGAAGAUACUAAUAAAGUGAAUCUCCAGUAUAAAUCAAUCCACUAAGAACUGUGAAUAGAGAACAAAUUCACCUUAUUCUCAAGUUGAUUUUAACUAGAAGAAGAAUUGAUAAACUAAGCAUUUGUGCAAGAGUCUAAGUAUUAUGCUGUAAUGAACAAAUCGGUGGUUUUGGCAUACUAAGCGACUUUGGAAAUUUACUAAAUUCUUAAACAUGAAAAAAGGCAACAUUCCUUAAAUGUACAAUUUACACUUGAUAUCAUCAUCACCAGUUUAAUUCUGUAUCCCCCAAGUAGAAUUUAACGAGAACGUUCUGCACAGUUUUGCACAUGUGGAUUAAAAGUAAACAGUCUCCUGCUGUCUGUACAAUCAUUUAAGAAAUCCCACACACAACACCCCGUCCAUCUUUUGAUUUCUAAUGCAUUCAUUAGGUUUUUCUUUGUACUCCCUUUGCUCAAAGUGUUUUGUUGUCAUGUUUGUAUCACCAGAAUAUUGUGAUUUAUGUUCAUUAUAGUGCCUUUUUUUCUUUUUCAUUCAUUUACUUCAUAUAUACUUACAAGUGCUUUUUUUUUUUUGCAAGUAAAAUUCCAUUGUAACAUGUGAAUGUGUGUAUGUUUACGGUCUGAGAAUGUUUUUUUUUUUUUUGUUUGUUUGUUUUUUGUUUUGUUUUUUGCAAUCAAGCUCUCAUUUGUACUGUAUUAUAAAAUUAAAACAGAAAAAACACUUUUGACAUUCUGCUUUAUUUCCAAACAUGUUCAUUGGAGGAUGGAAGUAAAGGAAUGAAAUAAAAAUUAAAGCCUUGAUUAAA